UUAAUGUCCAAAUUAAAUCAAAAGUUCAAAGCAAACCCGUUAUAGAAACUAGAAAGUAGCAUGAUAUAGCUUUCACACAAUUAGAUAAUAUUUACAUUGGUUCAUCAUUUUCUCUAUAAAUAGCAUGCUUCUACCAUUUGGUCCUCACUACACAAGUCUUCACCUCACCAAAGCCAAAGACACGCCAAAAAACAAAGAAAUAACAAAAAAAAUGGCACCAACAACACUUUUGGUCAUUGCUCUUGCCUUAGUCUUCUCCAUCCAAGGCUCUUUAUGCGAGAUCCAGUGCGAGAAUCUGAGCGAGGACUCGUGCGCAUUCGCAGUCUCGUCCAAGGGAAAUCGGUGCGUGCUCGAGAGCCGCAGUUUUGCGCGCAGGAUGGGGACGUUGGGUGGCGAGUACACGUGUCGUACUUCUGAGAUCAAGGCUUCCAACAUGUUCACCAACUACAUCGAGUCCAAGGAGUGCAUCGCGGCUUGUGGGGUCGACAAGCGGGCCCUCGGCAUCUCAUCCGACUCGCUCCUCGACCGCAGCUUCAUCGACAGCUUCUGUUCCGCGUCGUGCUACGAAAAGUGCCACAACAUCGUCGAUCUCUACUUCAAUCUUGCUGCGGGAGAAGGAGUGUUCUUACCGAUGGUCUGUGAAAGGCAUCACUCGGGUGCACGACGUGGGAUGAUGGAGAAGGCUUAUUCACCGAGCAGCGAGUCCUUCGAGGUCGCCUUGAACGAUGUCUUGGAGUCGUCCACAGUCCCGGCCCCGAGCCCGGCCUACUAAUUACGAAGCUUCUUACACAAAAUGUAGGGCUUCAAAGUUAAAACCCCUCUAUAUGUUAUGAGUUUUGGGGACAUAGUCAAAGACAUAUACACAAGAAACGAGAGUGGAAUAAGGAUAAGUUAAAUCCAAUUUACCUAUGUAGAAUGCAUGUUUUUUUCUUUUCUUUUCUUUUCUU